CCGUCUGUACGAUUUCUGGUUGCAUUGCGUGUUCCGUUUUGUCCCAGAAAGUUGCCGGAAAGCAAUGACAUCUUUCGGUGGGAAUGUGUGUCAACCGCUCUCUGAUAAACGAAUGUCGCUUCAACUCCCUGAACCUCUUAUCAAGACGCCCGUUUCUCCCCUCCCCUCCCCCCUCCCCUCAGCACCGAAAUGGGCAUUGGCGAACCACAUGGCCGCGGUCGCCAAUGUCCUCGUCGUCGUCCCUCCACCGGCCGUGUGGGGGUGGCCGCGGAGCAGUGGGUGUCGGGGCGGAUGGAGCGCUGGUGGCCUGUGUUGUUGCCCAGCCCAUCUUCUGCAGCAUCCAAAAUGCGCAGAGACAUCCAUAUCGCAGACAGAACCGGGCGAUGGAUGUGUGAGAUGGACGGAUGAAUUGGAUGUUCUCAGUUUGAGGUGCGUACCUGGAAAUAGAAGGCCUUGAAGUCCGCGAUGUUUUUGGCGUGAUAGGCCUCAAACUCACGCCGGUUGGCCAGCUGUAAGCCACACAUGGAGAGAGACAUGACCACUCUCUGCUGACCCAGCUCAUGACAUAAGACGAGGCUCACCCCCGCUGGCGAAUUCAGAAACUCCUGAAACGUGUCGUACCCGUAGUAGGGGCCGCACCGCUGGAAAGAGCAAGCAAGACACACUUCCUUCAGCUCGUGUGGGAAUCGCAUGACCUUCCUCUGUCUUGCUCACCCUGUUGUCAUAGGCUGCCCUUUGCGAAGGGUCGGUGAGGACCUCGUGGGCCUCGUGGAUGGCCUGGAAGGCCUCUUUGUCCCCGCCCUUGUCAGGGUGGCUCGUCUGCACACACACAGCAAAAGACCAAGACAACGGGCAAGUGCGGUGUAGUGCUGGUGAGGUUGUCUGGGCUGUGUCAGUGCAGAUCGGUCCGGCACUCUCUGCCUGGCGUCUCCUGUGCCUACGCUGCCCCCCUGUCUGCCCGCCUCUCCUCCACUCCUUCCCCAAAGUGACUUCACACUCACCAGGGCGUGGCGACGGAACGCCGUCUUGAUCUCGUGGUGAGUGGCGGUUGGCGGCACACCCAACCGGGCAUAAAGACCCCGAGGGUCUCGCGCAUUGGCGUUGCUCACCCCAAACAUCCUUUUCGU